UCAGGAUCAAACGCGUAUCGUAUCGAUGACUAUAAAAGCGGCAAGAUUAAAAGAUUGGCAUGCAGUGCAUCCACCGAACACCUUUCACGAUGGUAGUUCGUACUCUUGGAAUAGUGCUCCUUUUUUCACUUGUCGCGACCCUUUCAGGGUUGCCGACUGCUAUACCAGACCCGGCGAAUACACAUAAAGAACACACGUUGUCGACCGACUUACAACCACCCCCGCUUGAGAAAGAACAUCAUGCCACAGUUUACAUAAUUAACUUGUACGCUGUAAAAAAUAACAGCGGCAGUACGUCAGAGGAAAUGUUUGAAAAUGAAAUUAUUGAAAAUGUUCCUGACAUAUUAGAACCAUUGGCAACUGUUCUUCUAGUAGUAGAAGAUGAUGACGAAGAAAGAGAAAGACACUCACCUACCGACCUCGACGAAUUCGCGGCUGAAUUGGAAAGUCAAGGUAUUAUGGUUGACAAGAUCAAAAUAAACGAUAAAUCAAAAGUGCUCAAAAUGAAUUUGGAAAAGGAAAAGGCGCAGAAAAUGAUAGAAUCGGCUUCGAUACCGAUUCACGAGAGAAAAGAUCGGCAGAAGAGAACUCUCUACUGUAAAACGUGUAGAGGAGGUGGAUACGGAGGAGGAUACGGAGGAGGUGGGUAUCCGAGCGGAGGUGGUUCCUGUCCCACUUGUGGUGGAGGAAAUUAUUAUCCUCCUAGUGGUGGUGGUGGUGGGUAUAUAGCAGUACCGGUUGUAGUCGUACCUAUUACAGGAGGCGCAGGCCAUUAUCGUAAAGGUGGCGGCGGCGGCGGAUAUUAUCCAAGCGGAGGCGGCUGUAGUACUUGCGGUGGUGGAGGCGGUGGAGGUUCGUGGUCCCAAUCUUCUGCUUCGGCUCAAUCUUCUUCUGGAAGUUGGGGAAAGAAAUAAACAGCGCAUGCAGAAUCACAUAAACGUAUUGCCAUUAAUGAUUUAUGCUGCCUUCAUCUUCAAUACCCGUCUAAAAUAUAUAAAAUUCUUCAAAUAUUUCGCAAACAAACCACAAACAAACACUAUAACACUCAAUAAUAUUCUCAAAAUAUUUGUAAUGUAACGCAUUUGUUUAUACAACACACAUUUGUAUUGGCGCGUGUUAGCUGUGAGUAAAUAAAAAAAAAUAAGUUUAGCUCUAACAGAGAA